AUGAUCGAGGAGGUGUGCAAUGACAUCAUGGGUGAUCCUGCAUUCCUGGAGGACGUUAAGUCGAAAGUGGUAGAUUGUUGUACACUAAGUUGUCAAAGCACCAUGGAUAUGAUGAAGUUUUUGCUGACGCUUGUUCUGAUGAUGGAUAUGUCCUUCCGAUUCGCAGACGCGGGUGAUUUUGCACUCCUUGUUGACAUUGCCAAUGCCACCAUCUACGCGGGUAGCAUGAGCCAGAGGCUGGCAGACGCGGAGGCCCUGCCACUCAGCGGUUUAGUCAGCCCCGUAGCCGUGGACUACGAUCCGGUAGAGAAGAUGGUGUACUGGACUGACAGGGGCAGCCAACCAACUCACAAGAUCUCACGAGCGCGCCUUGAUGGCAGCAACCAAAUGAUAGUUGUAGAUGAUCUUCGUAUGGUGGUCGAGUGGUAA